AUGGAGGGUUCUCCUGGUGACCUUCAGACCAGAUACCAUAAACUUGCUGGGGAAUAUUCUAAGUGUCGAGCUCAGCUGUCAGUGCUGAAGAAGGCAUUCCAGGAAGAACAGCAACUCAAUAGUGAACUGAAGGAAUCCUUGAGAGAGGCAGAGCAGAGUCUGAGGAAAGCAGACCAAGAAGCCGACAGCCUCAAUUUCCGCAACGAGCAGCUCACAUGCCGAGUGACUGUGCUGCAAAAUGAACUCGAUGCAUUGCAGAUUCAAAUGAAAAAUAAGAAAGGAAAAAUAAAAAUACCAGAUGGGCAACCUCCUUUGGAUAUAUCAAACCAUGUCCUGGAUGAGGAAUUCAGAAAGAAAAUACAGGAAAAUGCACGGCUGCUAUCAUUGAUGAAUGAAAAGGAGGACCAGCACAGACAAGAAUUGACCAACGUCACAUCACAGUUGGAUCAAGUGACCUUUGAGUUAUCUCAGUUAAGGAAGAGUUCAGCUGAGAGUGAGGAGAAGAGUCGAGUAAUAAUAGCCAAGCUAGAGCGAGAGAUGAGCUGCAUGCGUGAGGGCCAACAACAGCUGUCCGACGUGAGCCAUGAGCUGGCCCAGCUGAGGCAGACUCACGCUGAGUACAAGACUAAGAUGGAGGCCAAAGUUAACACACUCAAUACCACUAUAUCCUCACAUCUACCUUUCAUCGAUUCUAAGAAGGACGUACUGAACAGUCUUAAUGUGCCCCAAGUUAUGGAUACAAAAGACAAUUUAACCUCAGGGCUAGGAGAGGACCUUAGAGCAUCAUUGCAGCAAAUGGCAGCUAGUCUGGCUCUGUGGCACAAGGUCACUGAGAAUAGGCUGCAGACUCUGCCUACAGGCAACUCUGCUGUCCAUAGUAAGGCCGGGCGCGUACUAUCCCGACCACGACCACGACCAAAUGCCCGACCAGUCGUUGUCGUUCACCAUGCGACCAGAGCACGACCCGACCAAGGCAAAGAAUGUUUUACAAACUUCAGUGUCAAGAGUGUUGAAGAAGUAGCUGCUGUGAUGCAUUUGUAUCGUAGGUACGUUAAGCAGAAGAAGAAACGAUACUGGUAUGCAAGCCACUUGAAAGAAACAGGGGAGUUGGCCUUAGAAUUGGAACAGAAUCUGUCCCCAAGUAAGAUCUGUAAAACAGUGAUCCAGAAGCUACCCGGCUUGUUUGGCACUUACUGUAGCAACGUGGAGACGAUGCUGGUCCACCAAAGGCUGAGCUUAGAAGAGGAGAAUGUUGACCCGAAGGAUGAGACGUUGAGAGAAAGCAAUGAAGUGUUCCUGGGCAACUGUAGUCAGCUAGUCAGCCACUUUGUGCAGAUCAAUUCAAGGAUAGCUCUGUAUAAAAGCAUGCAACACUCAGCUGAAGCUCAACAGAAGCAUCAACGGGGAUUGAUCAGUGUGGCACUUUUAUUACAAGAAUCAUUUAAAGAUCUGUUUAAUGCUUAUGUUAUCAAGUCUGGAAUAGAAGGAGAAAGAAAUUGGGCAACUGAAGAUUUAAAUACAGCCAAUCAAUCCAUUACCAAUAGUAUCUCAUCUUUAAUGGAAUCUUCUGCCAAGAUUGCCAAGUGUCUUCAAGAGUUAUGGAAGGUAGCCGACACGAUGCAGCCUCCCCACCCCGCUGUGACUGAUAUGAGGAGAAGGGGUGUCCACUACAUCAAUGCCAUACACACAGAUGAAGCUCCGUCAAUACCAUACAGUCAAGCUCUGAAGGAUCAUGAGGAGGCUGCAAACAGUAGUCAGUUGAGGCAGGCUUUAUUACAACAGUUGGAGGAAAACAGACAUCAACUGGUAGUGGCAGAGCAGCAGAGAGACAUGUGGAGACAGGAGCUGCAGCUAUUGCAACUACGAUAUCAGAAGGAAAUGAAAGAGAUAGUCAAGGAUGAUGAAUAUCCCAGUCUAGUCAACAGUACUGUCACUAACAUGAUUGGGUCAUUAGACAUACCUGUGAAUCUACCAAGAGAGGUGGAAUCUCGGGAAGAAGCAGUAAAGCUGUACUUUAGAGACAGAAUAAAUCAGCUGAUUUCAGAAAACAGUGAACUACAAAGCAAAUCUGUCGCUUUAAUGACUGAGACAAAACUCUGCAUUGACAUUGUUGACAGACAGGCAUUGGUACGCAGACUAGAGGCCAGGGUGUCCAGUGGCUUCAGACUAGAGGCUAGUGUGUCCAGUGGCUUCAGGUUAGAGGCUGCUCUAUAUGAGGCCAGGAAACAAUCAGCUCAGCUGCAGGAGGAAACUACUGCAUUGGUACGCAGACUAGAGGCCAGUGUGUCCAGUGGCCUCAGGUUAGAGGCUGCUCUAUAUGAGGCCAGGGAACAAUCAGCUCAGCUGCAGGAGGAAGUUACCUUAACUAGAGGCCAGUGUGUCCAGUAG